AUGUCUCAAUCGGCUCAUGCGUCCAAGACCCGAACUCGUAAUGGGUGCGCCAACUGUCGACAGAGUCGGGUCAAGUGCGACGGCAAGGAGCCCUCCUGUACGCGAUGCUGGCAGAAAGGCUGGCAAUGCACCAGGGAAAAGCUGACUCUCAAAUGGAAGUCGGACUACCAGAGCCGUGGAUUAGCAUUCGGGCGGGAAGGAGUCUGGGGGAAAGGACCGUCGUCGAAGAAAAAUUACCCUGUCAUAUCAACCGGGGAACAGAAUUGGUAUUCCAAUAGCACGGUGUAUCCGUGGAGCUUUGUCAAUCAGGACAUCUCGACAAUGAGGUGGCUUUACGAUGAGAAAGGAGGCCCCGGACAGCCAUCAUCUAUGGAGAUCGGCGUGAUCCGUCCGAAGCGCGACAGGGUCGGAGUGGCAGAGCAGGCUCCAUUGUGGUACUCGCCGCCUGUAUUUCCCUACCCCCAAGCGCAGAAGUACGCAAUUAUGGUGGAGUAUUUCAUCGAUCAAGUCUGUCCUCGAACGACAUCAAGUCUGAAGAUCGCUUCUCCUUUCACGUCUGUGAUCCUACCAUUUUGCUUGAACGGCUCUGAGAACGGACUCGUCGCGCUCCAAGCACUGGCCGCGUGCUACUGGUCCCAAUCUAACCCUGCCCAUACAAGCACCGCGGUGCGGUUAAAGUCUCACGUUCUGGGAGAAUUGCGCCGCAGGAUUGCGGCUGACCCCUCCUAUAUCACCUCUCCGGAUCCCGAAGUGCUGGUUCUGAUGAUGAUGAUGAGUCUAUACGACAUCGUCGACCAGUGCGACAAAGGAUGGGUCGUCCAUCUCCAAGGCGCGAAGGAUAUCAUCCGGCUUCGAAGGAGAAACCUACCCAACCAAACGCAAUGUCCAGUGACAGCUUUUGCUGAACUAUUCUUCGCGUUCCAGGAUGUUAUGGGCCGCACCGCGUGUGCCAAGGCGGAUUUGUUUGGUCCUUCUUUCUGGGAUCAGACUGACCGUUCCGUCAACCCGUGGAUGGGAUGUAGCCCUGAGCUGGUUUCCAUCCUCUUUUCGAUUCUGGAUCUCAGUCGCAUCCGCCCCCAGAUGGACACCGACUUAGCCGAAGAGGUAGACUUCAGCAUGAGAGCGUCUGCCUUGAAUCGAAGAUUGGGAAGCCUCGUACAAGUCUUAGCUGAUCCAGAAGACCGGGCCCUCCAGGCGGUUGCCGAUCUCAAACGGUUGGCAUGCACCGUCUAUCUGCACUGCGCCCUGUACAACGCAGAGCCAUCCACCCCAAUCGUUCGCAGUCUCGUUCGCAGGAUCAUUCAGCAAUUAUCCGCCUUGCUCAAAGAGAACCUCAUCAUCAAUGCGACAUGGCCGAUUUUCGUAGCUGCCGUCGAGCUGGAUCCUGCGGAUGGGGAGAAUUGGCCAGAUCCAGUAACGGGGGAGCUGGUCGACGGACGAGCUUUGGUCCUGAGGGCAUUGGCUACGAUGGCCCAAUCCACGGUCACCAGUGUGGCGCGCGUCCGCUCCAUCAUUGAAACGGUUUGGCAGUCGCGAGACCGUGAUUUAGCCACCGGAUCGUCCGGACGGCAAUCCUCGCAGCACAAUGACUGGGAAUGGUAUGUGGUCCCGCUGAGUGAUGCACUGAGCCUGCCUCGUUUAUUCCGUCAGAACUUAUCUAACACGGAGGGCGGGAUUGUUGAUGCCAUUUAUGCGCGGUCGGAACUACCAACAUGCAAUCCUGAAGCGGCGGUUGUUGACUAUGGAAUUGCGCGUGCUCAUCUAGCGGACAACUCCCUACAUGUGUUACUCUCCCCGACUGAUGCCCAUGCUGUGAUUGAAGCCGCCUGGGGCCGGCGAUUUUGCAGUCCCCUCAAUGGUGCCUCCUCGAUGGUAUACGCCCCACGAAACAGCGAGGAGGUGGAGCUUGUUUCUCAGAUCGUCCAAGCUGCGAUUCGGUGGACGACGGUCAUGCCUCCGUUCAUCACCCUCGAAGAACACUAUGCCUCGCCAAAAGUGCGCGAAGCCAGCGCAGAAGCCCGUGCGCACUACGCCAACUUUCCUCCUGCUAUAAUGUCCAAGUUGGAGUCCCUGGGGGAGGAACGUAUCCAGGAUCUCAAUAAAGGGAAUGUGUCCCUCCAAGUCAUUUCCCACGGUCCGGGUAAUUUAUCACCCCUUCUCUGCGCGGAAGUCAACGACGACCUGGCGUCUGCCAUUGCCAGAAAUCCUACUCGAUUAGCGGGGUUCGCCAUGCUCCCGAUGAGCGAGCCAGCUGCUGCUGUAGCCGAACUCGAGCGCUGUGUGACGGGACAGGGCUUCGUUGGAGCCCUGGUGGACAAUCACCUAGACGGACAGUUCUACGACGACGAACGCUUUUGGCCCAUCUUUGAAAAAGCGCAGGAAUUGGACGUUCCGAUCUACAUCCACCCUACGUUUGCGUCCGACUCCAUGAUGGAACAUUAUAAAGGUAACUACAGUGACUCUGUGGCGUUGGCGCUGAGCGCGUUCGGCUGGGCCUGGCACGCCGAGACCGGACAUCAUAUCCUGAGGUUAUUUGCCAGCGGUCUUUUUGAUCGUCUGCCCAAAGUGAAGAUCGUGAUCGGACACAUGGGCGAGCUGCUACCCUUCCAAUUGGAUCGCGUUUUUGCGAUCUCGGACCGAUGGGGCAGAGAGAGAGGGUUUAGAGAGGUCUGGCGGAACAAUAUCUGGAUCACGACCAGUGGCAUGUUCUCGUUGACACCGCUGGCUUGCCUUCUACAAACGACGUCCAUUGAUCAUGUGUUGUAUAGCGUUGACUAUCCGUUUUCACCGAAUGAGAAGGGGUUGCGGUUUUUUGAGGAGAUCGAGACGAGUGGCUUGAUCAGUGGGAAGGACCUGGAGCUGUUCGCAUACCAAAAUGCAGAAGCAUUACUCAAUGUCAAGGCGACCCAUGUGUGA